AUUUCCCAGCCCCUGCCUCAGGUCUCUGGAUCAAUCCUGUGGAUUGUCAAGUCAGUCAGAGGCCAUUUUCUCUUCCUAUAAAUGGGGAAACUGAGACUAAAGGAAGAGCCGUAGUUUGCCCAAGGGUGCAGAGCUGCCAGCAACUUGCCCUGGACAGUACCGUGCUGCGAUUCCUGACAUCUCUUUGGAGGUACACACUCUGCCCCUGGAAGUGCAGGAGGGGCCCCAGAGUCAGAUCAAGGAGACCUUGGUCUGGCCAACAGCUCAGAGGAAACAGAGGCUGAUACCACGAAAGAAGAAGUAAGGCAGGAGCAGAAGAUGCUGGAGGACUGAAUCGAGGAGGACGUGGCUGCAGCAGCUCCACAGGCCAAGAGGAUACCAGCUGAGGACAUGGAUACACAGAGGUCCCUUUUCUUCUGUCUGUGCAUUCUGGUUGCUCAAAGUAUCUCACAAGAAACACUGCUACCGCUACUGUACUUGAUGAAGCGCCUUGAGCGGCCCAUGGGCCGGGCCUUGACUUCCAAAGUGAGUCCCAGGAAUAUCCAUCAACUGGAGCAGAUGCUGCUCAACACUAGCUUCUUUGGGCACAACUUGACGCUGCAGACAAACUCUAUCCAGUCUCUGGUCUUCAAGCUUGACUGUGACUUCUCCGGCCUCUCCCUGUCCAGUGCCACCAUGGCAAAUGUCUCCCAGGCCUGGGCCCCACAUGCUAUGCAGUUUCCCGCUGAGCUGACCAAGGAUUCCUGUGUGACCUCCAGGCCUGCCGAGCUUCGACUCAUCUGCAUCUACUUCUUCACCGCACACCUCUUCCAGGAUGACAGUAAUUCAUCCCUGCUCAAUAACUAUGUCCUGGGGGCCCAGCUGGAUCACAGGCCGGUGAACAACCUUCAGAAGCCCAUCAACAUCAGCUUCUGGCACAAUCAAAGUCUGGAAGGAUACACAGUAACCUGUGUUUUCUGGAAGGAGGGAGCCAGCAAGCACAGUUGGGGGGCCUGGAGCCCUGAGGGCUGUUAUACAGAGCAGCCCUCACCCUCCCAGGUGCUCUGCCACUGCAACCACCUCACCUACUUUGCUGUUCUCAUGCAGCUGUCUGGAGAUCCAGUGCCGGCCGAGCUACAGGAGCCUCUUGAGUACAUCUCCCUGGUGGGUUGCAGCAUCUCCAUUGUGGCCUCACUGCUCACCAUGCUACUGUAUGCCCACUCCAGGAAGCAAAGUGACUCCAUCACACGCAUCCACAUGAACCUGCAUGGCUCUGUUCUGCUCCUGAAUGUCACCUUCCUUCUGAGCCCCCAGAUGGCCCUGCCCACAGUGCCCAAGUCAGUCUGCAUAGCGCUGGCUGCCACCCUACACUAUGCACUGCUCAGCUGCCUUACCUGGAUGGCCAUUGAAGGCUACAACCUCUACCUUCUCCUGGGGCAUGUCUACAAUGUCUACAUCCACCGAUACUUGCUCAAGCUCUGCAUGCUGGGCUGGGGGUUUCCAGCCCUCUUGGUGCUUCUUCUUCUGGUGAUCAAGAGCUCAGUGUACGGGCCCUAUGUGAUCUCUUUCUCCAAUAGCCAGGACAAUGGCACAGGCUUCCAGAAUGUGUCCAUGUGCUGGGUGUGCAGUCCGGUUGUACACAGUGUCCUGGUCAUGGGCUAUGGUGGCCUCAUGUCUCUGUUCAACCUGGUGGUUCUGACCUGGGCUCUGUGGAUCUUAUGCAGGCUACGGAUUCGGGAGAAGGCGCUGAGCCCCUGGGCCUACCGGGACACUGUCAUGGUGCUGGGUCUCACUGUGCUCCUGGGCACCACCUGGGUCCUAGCCUUCUUCUCCUUCAGUGUCUUCCGGCUACCUCAGCUCUUCCUCUUCACCAUCUUCAACUCGCUCUAUGGUUUCUUCCUCUUCCUGUGGUUCUGCUUGCACAGAUGUCACUCAGACGCUGAAGCCAAGGCAGAGAUGGAGGCAGUCAGCUCUUCCCAGAUGACACACUAACCCACUUCCCAGCCUGCAGCCUCAGCCUCUCCUACUGUUGGCAACCCACUGCGUUGGCCCAUCUAGGGAAGGUGGUUGGAAGCCUACGGCCUUGGCCCAUCCAGGGCAGGUGGUGGGCUGGUUGCAGGGAUCCCUUUUACCUCUCAGAAUUACUGAGGGCAGAGGGCAACGUGUGACUCCUCAUCCUGGUCCUUCAUGCCUGGGUGCAACUCCAUUGGCCAGGCAAUGGACAGAGCACUGGCCUGCAAGCCAGGAGUCUAAACACCCUGCUCAGCACUUACAGAUACUCACAGUGUUGUGACCUAUGCCUGGGGCCACUUUGCCUUUUGCCAGUCCCAACUGAUGUUGACUUAAACUUUCUAUCUUUCAAAAGAUUAAGAAAUCCAGCCCUUGCCUUUCCUUAACCCCUUUAACAGGUGGUAUAGACCAGCAGCCAAGGCCAGGCCUCUGCAUUUUCCCCUGAAAUAGAGCCAGCUGGGCUUGAGGGAUCUAGACCAUUGUGUAGGACCAGAUUUUCCUGGUGGACAUGAGGGAGUGUGUUCAAAAUCUACUGACUCUGCCCACAAUGGGGGAGAAUAUGCAAUGCCUGCCAGACCAGGUGGGAGACAUCAGUGCCUUCCCCAGGAUGGACAGUAGGAGGUGCCAUUGGCGUGUGUGCCAAGGUAUUGGCUUCAAAAUUGCCCCUGGAAAUGUAGCUGUUACCUGUCUGAGGACCUAUCAACCAGUAGGGGAGUCUGGGACCUCCAACACUUUUGGCUUUCACAAUCCAUUGUCUCUGUGUGCAGCUGAGCAAGGUCACAUUUGGGGGCUUGUGCCCAGGCAUUCCUGGCACCAGAGCAGCUGGUUGGGGUACUCUCAGGGCCAUGGAGGCCACCAGACACACCAUGUAUUUGAACCACAAAAAGGGAAUCAGAGCUGGCUGCCAUCCUCCCAGGGGGUCCUCUGCCUUUCUGGGUAAUCAUGUACUUUUUUAAUGGCUGGUGAGUGUGGAAGCUCUGGGCCAGGCUGCCUGGGCUCAGAUGCCAGGUCUGUCUGUGGCUGGGACACGUCGUCCAAUCUCUUAGUGCCUUAGUUUCCCCAUCUACAGCAGGGACAACAGUAGUAACUCUUUGCAAGAUUCAGUAAAGAAAAAAAAUCCACUUGAUUCUUACUACAUGAGGCCUCAAUAAAUGGCUAUUACUAUGAUUAGA